AUGGAAGUCAACUUGCGAAAUGAAUUGAAGAAUUGGGAGAAAGACUUCACUUUGAAACACCAAAGGAAGCCAGUAAAGGAUGAUAUAAAGAAAGAUCCUACGAUUGCACAAAAGUACAAAACAUACAGUAAAGUUAAGAAAGGCGCGAAUGAUAAAGAUGACACAGCGACUACAAAGUCGAUACCACCACCAGCUAGUACGCCAAAGAAGAAAGCAGCUGCUGUGUUUAAAACACCCACAAAACCAGCUACUAGCAGUGGAUUUACGCCUAAGAAGGUCGAAUAUGCUGCAGCAUCACCACAGAAGUUUAAGGAUAUGUUAAAUACACUCAGUCCAGCGAAAAGUAACAACAAUGCUAAAUUCUGGACACCACGUACAAAAGCUAGAAAGAGACUGCGAGGUGAGAAUGUACCAAACACACCAAAGAAACAGCGUAUGGAAAUGAUAGGAAUACAAGAGGAGCAGGAUGUUGUUCAGGAGACGAAAGAAGAGGAGGAAGAAGAGGAAGACGAUAUGAUGAACACACCUGCAAAAAAUAAGGCGUUCAAACCAUUAUUUGAAUCACCCAGACCAUCCACUAACACCAGCAACAAUAGUAGUGUAGUUGUAUUACCUCCUCUACCGACAAACACGAUAUCAACCUAUGUUGACAACCCUCAGUCACAAGAACUAACAAGCUCACAGGCUACUAUACCACAAUCGCAACCAUCGCAGUCACAAAGAGGUUUGAAACGUGGACAGUCACCAGAGAAUACCAGCAGAGCUGCAAUUUCGAAGAAGAAAUCCAGAACGACAUUGAAAUAUCCGAACAAGGUUGAGCUACCGCAGAGUCAGACACUGGCAGGUAAGCAAGAUAUAAAGAAUGAGCCAACGCAAUUAGAAUUAGAGGGUACUAGUCAACAAAUAAGCAUCAUACCUCACCUUCAAAAACGUAAAUUGAAAAAGCGAGACGAGGAGAGUGAUGAUACUGAUAUAGAGGACUAUAUACCAAUGACUCAUAAGCAUACCGAGCGCUCGUUUAUCCAAGAAGAUGAAGAAGCGAUUAAUCAAGACAAUAAAGUGAAAUCUAGACUCGGAGAAUUAAGCUUAGAUUCGCCGGGAGCGGUCAAGCGUAGUAAAGAGUAUAACAAGCAUAUCGAUGAGAAAGUACGUUCACUCCUCAGUCGAUCUGACGAACCGGGAUAUGGUAACUACCGUACUGAAAUCAUGCCAUACGACGAGUUGAGCAGUGAAGAAGGUGACGACGACGACUGGGAAGAAGACUGUGAUGGGUGGAAAGCUGACGGUGUCGGUUUCAUUGAAGACUAUGAUUAUGAUUGUAUAUAA